AUGCAUGUUUAUGAACUAGCCGGUAAACCAUGUCCAGUUUACACUAAUCCAGCCGAUCAUUUACUCGAUGUUAUAACACCGCCAAAAAACAGUGGUGAAGCAACUGCCGAAGAACGGGAAUUAGAUGCUAAAAUACUAGAAGAACAAGAACCGGUCCACAUUGAUUUGAAUCUCGGCGUUAAUAAACGUUUACAGGCAGUUCCAAUUCCGCCUGGUCAGCCAUGGUUAAAACAAGUUCAAGUUUUGUUACGACGAACAUUCAAAGAGCAAUAUAGAAAACGAAAUAUUUUAAUUGCAUCAAUUGUUCAAGCAAUUAUCAUGGCCAUUCUCAUUGGUACGGCAUUUAUACACAUUGGUACCGGACAGAAAAGUAUCGUUCGACGUGAGCCCGUUAUCUUCUUUUGCGUCAUUAAUCAGGGAAUAUUCGGAGCGCUAACCGUUAUCAAUACGUUUCCUGUUGAACGAGCAUUGACACUUCGUGAACGUGCAUCAGGUUCGUACAAAGCAUCUGCCUAUUUCAUUGCGAAAAUUAUUGUCGAGACAUUAGUUCUAAUUCCCAUACCAAUUUUUUUCUCGUGUAUCGUUUACUUUCUCGUUGGAUUACAACCGCAUGUGGGAAAGUUCUUCUUGUUCAUGUUUUUUAUGUUUUUGUCUAUUCUGUCAGCAACUUCGCUAGCUCUAAUGGUAUCAGCUUUAUGUCGAACUGCUGAUUUAAGCGUUGCUGUAUUACCUCUUGCACUCGAAAUUACUCGUCUAUUUGGUGGUUACUUUUUGGCACCAGCUAAUUUGCCAAAAUAUUUUGCGUGGUUAGACGCGUUGAGUUCGGUGAAAUAUGCGUACGUUGGAACUAGUAUUAAUGAACAAUCUGGUCUGACUUUGACUUGCACAGCGGCAGAAAAAGUAAAUGGUACAUGUAUUACAAGUGGAGAAUAUUUUAUUCACCAAUACGGAUUUAAUUAUAUUCCUAUUGGAGGAUGUAUUGGAGCUCUUUUUGCCUAUAUUAUAUUUUGUCGAAGUGUCGCUUUUCUCGGUGUCAGGUUUCUUAAAUCCUAA